AUGUGGGUGAGGGCGACGCUCCUCUCCUGCGGGAGCUUGACGGCAUGGCUCGGAACGCGCUCAAGACCCAGGUGGAGGUCAGCGGUUCCGAUGACGAGCUGCUCACGGUGCUCACCAAGUUUCGGCAGCACGCUGCUCGGCAUCAUGCUGCCGCCGCCGGGGCCGGUGGAUUACGACCAGGCCUGGAAGGACGCGCAGCGGGAAUCAAUAAAGAUGAACGGACGUCUGUUCGAGGGCAACGUGGACGAGCUUCUCGAGACGCUGCGCGGCCUGAUAGACCCGCUCGUGGUGGGGGACGAGACCCUCACGAGAGCGGUGUGCCACGACAUCAUGCGCGCGUCGAGUCGGACCUCCUCCGGCGGCGACGCCUACGCGGUCAUGGCGGCUCUGCUGUCCAGGCCCGCGGAGGGGGACCUGCUCACUCCGUCAGGGUCGGGGUCUUCCCCGAUCGGUAUCAGCGUCGCCAGUGCGGACGGAGAGGUCGUCAUCACCGUAGAGAACAGGUUCGUGCUUCGACGGAACGCUAUGCAAGGCUUGGGCAUGGGAGAGCCUCACCAGCAGUCGUCGGCGUCUUCCGGGGAGAAGGGGACCCUGAAGGAGAGGAUGGUGAGGGCGAGGGAGCAGCUUGUGGAGCACGUGGAGCAGACGGCCGAGCAGUUUCGAAAGAUGACGGCUCGAAAGGAGGUGUGGGGCGGGCCGGGGUGGUCUGUUGACGACGUCGGCGGCGGCGACGGCGGCGACGGCGGGGUCAGUUGCUCCGGUGGUACGAAAACCCCCCGGAAUUCGCCGAACAAUGGCGGGGCGGCGGCUGCUGCCGAUGCCCCUGCUCCUGCGGAUGACGAGGCGGGGGGUAUCUCCCUUGUGGGGAGGGUUGAGGUGUACCUCUGCCUGUUGGACGGGUCGAGCAAACGUCGCCUCAGAGUAACCUGCCCCGACAUCGAGCGCUGUCCCCCCGAGUGCAUCCUGCUUGGAGCGGGGGCGAACGAGGCGAACGGCACUUACGAGUUGGCGGGCUUUCGGAACGGCGCACCGUUCUACACCAACGGCAAAGACGAUGUUACGAUCGCGAAGGAAUGCCUGGGCGGCAGGGAGGGCUGGAUAAUCGGGCGACCGCCAAACUACGUGCUCUACGGGCAGCCGGUCAACACAGACCUACCCCCGGAGCUGCACUGGGCUCUCAUGAACGGCGGCACUGGCCUUAACCCGCCGCCCACGCUGAUGAUGCACAGCCAUAGACGGGCGAAGGAGAGGCUCGUGGACAUUCGACAGAUGCCCACCCCUCGAGCGCGCUGGGCGAUACCUGCCGACGUGACUUUCCCAGACGACACGGACCACAACCUCGUCGGCUCUGCGAUGAUCGUACGGCCCCCGACGCCAUCGACGCCCCCGCACGGCGGCCGUACCGCAUGUGACGGAAGAUAGCACCCCUGUCGUAUAUGACGGAAUGUACCACCCCGUCGUGGGAACUCCGUUUCUCUCGGAAGGGAUUCGGUCGGUGAAUGGGUCAAGCUUUAUGAUUGGCCGACUUACCGAUACCUCCCCCCCACACACCGGUCACGUUCGUUCCUGAUGCAUGAACACGCACGACGGUGGCGUUUCAUUUCAUGCAAACACUGCAUCCUUGUUUUUUUGUCGCGGCGUUUGGGGGAGCUGUCUUGUGUUGGUAUCUGGAAUGCUGUUACCUCCGUCUGGUGCGAACAGUCGAAAGAGGUAGCAUAGCGACGCCUUUUGUGAAGGGGUGUUUCCCGUAUGACAUUAGAAUACUUUUCGGUAUGUGGGCAGGGUAGGUAGGUGGUUUUGCCUUGGUGUGUCGCUGUGCGUGGUAGAGAGGAAACUAAUGAGUAGAGAGAG